AUAUUAUCAACAUUUAAGUUAUUACUUCACUGUUUGGAACAUCAACAACUGUCAACGAGGUUGCUAUUACCAUAAAAAUUGUGUAUGCUGUUCAAAUUAUGAGAUGCCUGUCCUCUGUGGAUUGGAUAUGUGUGAUUCAGUUAUCUAGAAUGGCGAUUAACCAACAUUGAAUGAGCGAAUCAAUCAAGAUUUUGUUAUAAAUUUCAAUCAAGAAACUUCAUAAUUCAUUUAUUUUUAAUUCACAAUAUUUACAUGUAAUGGUGUCGCCACAAAAUGAAAUGAUAGCACUCUAGCAAAUAUAAAAAACAAUAGCUGCUGACAGUGGUUCUUUACAGUACUUUAAAUAAUUAUACAUAGAUUUGACAUUGGAUUUUAUUACAUAUAUUAUUCAUAAACAGAGUAAUAUAUAAUACUAGUACUUUUGAACAUAAAACUUAACCAAAUUAGCUUACAUGUAUAAACAGUUAAACAGAAUUAAAAAACUGUACAAUCUUGUAUCUUAAAAAGUAUUUAUAAGUGAUCGAAAAUCCAAUCUAAUCACAACGGAGUCUACCGUAAUGCUUAAGAAAAGUGAUGUGGAAAUGGCACUGGAUAAGGCCAAAAUGAUGGCUGCAACUGAUAGCAUCAUCAUUAAGGACAGCAGUCUGACCGAUGAGGAGAAGAAGGGACUGAUGAACCCUCGGGCACUUCUAUUCCUUGCCAUCUGGUACUUCUUCAGCUUCUGUACUCUGUUCCUGAACAAGUACGUCCUUACUACGCUGAAGGGGGAUCCUACUCUGCUCGGUGCUAUGCAGAUGGUGAUGACAACUUGUCUGGGCUUUCUGCAGAUGUACAUGCCUCUUGGUUUCUAUAGUAACAUCAAGAGGAAUGGAAAGCCACCAAAUUUCUGGAGGAACAUGAUCAUUGUUGGAACCAUGAGGUUUUCAAACAUAGUGCUGGGACUGGUAGCUCUGAAGUUUGUUGCAGUGUCUUUCACAGAAACAGUGAAAAGUUCCGCACCAAUGUUUACAGUGGCUAUAGCCUACAUGAUGCUGGGGGAACAUUCUGGUUUCUUUACCAUUCUUAGUCUGAUCCCCAUCAUGUUUGGUCUGGGUCUUUGCUCAUCGUAUGAAUUGAGUUUUAAAAUUGAAGGGUUUGCAGCAGCACUGGCGGCAAAUAUAACAGAAUGUUUACAAAAUGUAUAUUCCAAGAUGCUGAUAAGUAGUGCCAAGUACAGAUACAAUCCAGCAGAGUUACAGUUCUUUACAAGCAUUUCAUCUGUGCUUGUACAAAUCCCUGCCUGCUUUCUCAUGAUCGAUUUCCAGAAUGCAAGAAACUCAAUGGACCUUACCAUCUUGGCAGCUUUCAUCUUAAAUGGAGCCUGUUUCCACUUCCAAAGCAUAUCUGAAUAUGUGUUAAUGAGCUACAUACCUCCUGUUACUCAUAGUGUUGCCAAUACGGUGAAGAGAGCUUUCCUCAUCUGGUUAUCCAUCAUAGUGUUUGGUAACCCUGUGACUUUCCUCAGUGGACUGGGAACAGUCAUAGUCACCAUUGGAGUUCUGUGCUACACGAAAGCAAAACAGAUUGACACUACUAAAGGGGCCUUAAAAUACACACGUGAUGAAGAAAUUAGUGUAAACGGAUCUACAAAAGUUACAUCAGAUUUCAAGUUGAAGAAAUUGGAAACAAAGCCUUGAUGAAUUCUAUUUCUAUAGAAAACUACCUUCAUUUGUUGUAUUUUGUUUAUUGAUUGGAUUAGUGUUUUUGCCCUUUACAUUCCAUGUAUGUGUUCAUAGGUUAAAUAAUAUAUGCUGAUUAUUUUAUAAGAUUAUAACGUGACGUCCCACAUAUAAGAUUUGAGGAUUUAUUAAUGUAUUGCUUUGGUCCAUCAAUCUGUCUGAUGGUAGAUCAGCUUCAUUUCCUUUCUCAAGUAGUGCUAAUCUAAUCUAAUAAUCUUUACAAAACUUCAUUGCAUAUAACCUGUAUCCUUUCCGUGAGCUGUUACCACAACAAGUCAUUUGUGAUCUUUAUGCAUAACAACUGAUAUGGGAUGGACCAGUAAAUAGUAACUAGUAAAAUGUUCUCGGUAUAUAAAUUUAGUUAUGUUAAUUUGUUAUUUCAUUUUGUGUGUCUGCAUUUGUUCUUCAUCAUUUAUUUAUAGAAUGACAAUAAUAUUACUGUCAACAGAGGCAUACGGAAUGUAGGAUUUGUUAUUUCGUAUAGUUUUCAAUCUGUGUUCAGAGUUAUCGAUUUUGAAUAAAUGGUCAGUAUGAUAAACAUACUGAUGUGUUAGUACUCCCCAUCAAAGUGAAAGUAAUAUCACUAGGUUGGUCACUUAAUUGUGUGUAUUCAUCUCUUUUGAACUUCAGUGUUGAUUUGGCACAAGUUGCCUCAGAUGGAUGACCUUAAUCAGUAGAGUAUGGUAAAGGAAGGAACUUUGACUGCAAACAGUGUGAGCAGAGUUAUGGCCAUUGGCUUUUUAUUCUACUGAAGAAUAUUUAGUCAUCAAAAUUAUGUGAACUCAGUUCCUCUUUAAAUACUUUGUGGAUUUCUUUUCUACUUUCACAUCUUCAUAUGUAUGAUUUCGAAAAAGCAAAAAAAAUAGUUUUGACCAGUUUUGUGCUAAUUAUGGGCUUUUUUCACUGCUUAAUAUAUCAAUGUAGUUCCUUACAUUUUAUGGACUGAAGUCCCAUAGAAUUUGAGCAAAAGCUCAAAGCUGAACAUCUUCAAUGUUAAGAUGGUCGAGAAGUAAGGGUUGUUGUUAAAUUGAGACCCGUUUGUGGCAUUUACAUGCAUUAAGUAUUAUAAACUUUUGUGCGUCUAAAAUUGACAUAUUGAUUUGUAUGUGUCCUAACUUGGGUCGUUUUAAUAAACAUGUAGUUCAGCUUGAAUGCAGAUAUUUCUUAUCUCAGAAAAAAUCAAAACAAAGAGUUUUUUGUCAGGACUUGUCUAUAUGUGUACAAUAUUGCCCGGUACGUUCACACUUUGCUUGUUGUCCUAAUCGUAUGAAAUUGCAUACAGUUGAAUGAGUUUACCAUAUUUUUAACGUUGAUUAAAUGAUGUGUAUUAUAAUUAUAUUUUUAUAAUAUCUAUUUAUUAACUCGUCUGUGCUAUUUCCGGUGUUCAGAUGAUAUUAUUUCUUACCUGCAUUAUAUGAUUUUCGUGGGACAGUAACAUAUUUAUUAUUGGAGUCUGUGAUGUACUAUGUAUAUGUUGGGGAUCAAUGCAUAGUCAGUGUCACCCUAAGUGGUAUUGGCAUGAAAUAAAGGAAAAAUGUUU